AUGACCGACGCUUCGCUGGACCGAACGAGCCGCUUCGUCCACAUCGAUCUGGAAGGGCUUCGCAGCCUCGCCUCGCGCGAAACGGUGCGGGUCUUGGAGAACACCCCGACGCCUUUGGAAGUGGUGAAGGACGCAGAUGAGGGGUUGAAUCCCGGCAGUGUGGAUCAGCGGUCCGGGGCGUUGCUGUGGGAAGCUUCAUUGGAUUUGGGAAGCUUCUUGAGCAGGAGAGCCUGUCCUGCAGAAUGGACUGGACCGAGGGUCCUGGAGCUCGGCUGUGGCCACGGGGUGCCGGGCCUCGUUUGCGGCUUGGCCUGGCGCGCCACGGUGGACUUCCAUGACUGGAGUGAAGAGACCUUACAGGAGGUCACCGCCAGGAACUGUGCGCUGAAUGGCCUGGAAGGAAGUUCCGUGCGUUUCCUCUCUGGAGACUGGAGCAGCUUGUUGCCCAAGGUGCGCGAGGCCGACUACGACGUAAUCCUGGCAUCAGAAGCCAUUUACAAGGAGGAGUCCUAUCAAGAGCUCUUGGAGAUCUUGGCAUCUCAAAGCUGCCAAUGUCGCGCCUACUUCGCGGGCAAGCGCUUCUACUUCGGCUGUGGUGGUGGAACCGCAUCCUUCGCGGAGUACGCGCGCUCCAAAGGCUUCCACGUGGUAGUGGAAGAAGUCAUUGAAGAUGGACGCUCCAACAUCCGUGAGAUCCUCCAGAUCUCCAUGGACCAUCGAGAGCGCGAGCCCAAGAGGCUGAAGUCCUGA